AAAAGCCGGCACGUUCGGCUGUACCAAUUCCGUCACCCCCAUACGAAGCCCUCCUCCGCUACAAGCAACUUGCAAGUAACAUGAACUCGAGCAGACAAAUCCUUCGCCUUUCGCGCUGUGCGCCCAAGUCUGGAACCAGUCUCGCACCCGUCUCACAAUGCCGCCGUCUCUUUUCGUGGCAUGCCUCCCGGUUAGCUGGACACACUCUUGCAGCAUCUGUGCCGGCACCAACACGUUCGCGUACUCUUGCCUCCCCGUGGACGAGCUUUUCAGCUCGGGCUGCAACUGUGCUUCCCGACGGAACCCUUCAAGGCUCUCGGGCUUUCAGCUCGUCGCCGGCACGGGGUGCGGAAGAGAGCCCGGAUCCGUUCUUCGUUGCGCUUCGGAGGACCAAGCUGCACGACCAGAUCGCGAGCAGCCCGGAGGCGAUGGCGGCACUCGGCGAGUUCAGGAAGCUGAUGCUAGAGAAGGGCUUUGACGCGACGAAGGGCAUGCCUUCGAAGUUCCAGCUAUUGCAGCUUGCUGCGAGCGCGGAGUUUAGGACGGCUGCUAAGAAGGUUAUGGAAGAACUCAAGAAGGUUGGCAUAGACGUCAAUUCGCCGGAGGCCAUGCAGACGUUGUUGCAGGCACAGAAUAUGGAGCAGGGAGAUGGCAGCAAGCCCAAGUAGGGUUAUUAAUUCCUAGGUAACAGGGCUGAAACCCCAUGUAACUGGUCGCCCACUUGAGUUAGAGCUUUCGUCCGGGGAUAUAGAUCCCUUCAGGGCAAUGUACACACACUCAGGCUAAUUUGAACUUCUCUCAACC